AUGCAAUUAAAAAUUGAAGAAUCAGCUUUUGCAACAACUGAUUUAUCAAGAACAUCUACUCUUACACAAACAUCUAAUGAUCGGUUUGAUAAACGUAUUGCCUUUCAACUAUAUAAUCGACAAAAAGAAUGUAGAGAAAAACUUCAUAAUUCUUUCACACAUUUCUUUUCAUCAGGAUAUCAAAAACUCGUAUUAAAACUACUUGAAGAAAAUGCUGGUGUUGAUUUACCUAACUUCCCAUCAUUUAGUAUCAUUGAACGACUUUAUCGUGCUGAACAAAACAAAUUUCGAAAACCAUUUUUUGCUGAAGAGACAAGCUAUAAAUAUCAAAUAAUACAUAAAUUAACCGAUAUCAUUAUACGUGCUAUUGAUGAAAGUGAAGACCAAUGCAGUAAUGAUAUUAAAAAGAUGCUUCAAAUUGAAGAACGUGUAUUUACACUUAAUCAUUAUUAUAUGGAUACAGUGAACAAAAUCAAAAAGAAAUACCAAGAAUAUAAUGAUAGUAUUGAAUUAAACAGAAAUGCGAAAGUUUCACCAAGAUUUACUAUCAAUGAUUUUGUAAUAGAUGUGAGUGGUCUUUCAAAUGAACAUCAAGCAGCAUUAGAUGUUCAAAUAGCUAUGUCAGCUUAUUGUCGUGUAGUUGAAAAGCGUAUUGUUGAUCAGGUCUCUCAACUUUGUUAUUAUUGGUUUAUCACUCGAUGUGCUCUUGUACUCGACUCAAAACUGAGUUCAGCCUUUACAUCGGCUACUUUGUUUGAAUGGAUGCGUGAGCCAUUCAACCAACAGCAAAAACGUGAGAAUUUGAAGAAAAGUAUAAAUGCAAUGGAAAGAGCGUUAGCUAUGGGACAGAAUGCAUAA